CCUCCGCCCGGCCGCUCCGAGCCGAUGCCUUCUGCCCGCCGCAAUAUGUUCGCCAAAAUCCUUUUGUCCGCCGCCAGCCUCCUGCUCGCUCACCUGCUGCAUUUCCUCUGCUCUUUGAUGCAGUUCAUUCCAGCAAGGAAUUGGGUGCCUGAGCCCCUGACCAUGGGGAACCAAGCAACUGCAUGGAACAAGGAGCCCAGCACGGGCACUUCCCGGCACUCCCAAGGUUUUAAGAAUUACCUGCCCAGCCCAUCCAAGGAGCAAAUCCUCUGCCACAGACCCAAGGGGCUGCAAUGCAUCUCCCCCUUAGUGCAGAACAUGGAGGAGACCCCCGAGCCCAUCCCAGCCAAGAUCAAAGGACACAUUCCCAAAUGGAUUAAUGGAAAUCUGCUGAGGAAUGGCCCUGGCAAGUUCGAGUUUGGCAAUGACAAGUUUAACCACUGGUUUGAUGGCAUGGCCCUGCUGCACCAGUUCCAGCUGGCCCAUGGCAGGGUGACCUACAGGAGCAGGUUCCUGCAGAGCAGCUCCUACCUGAGGAACAGCCGGCACAAUCGCAUCGUGGCCUCCGAGUUCGGCACCUUGGCCAUGCCAGACCCGUGCAAGAGCAUCUUCGGCCGCUUCCUGUCCCGCUUUGAGCCGCCACAGCCCAGCGACAACGCCAAUGUGAACUAUGUGCUGUACAAAGGAGAUUAUUACGUCAGCAGUGAGAAUAUCUUCAUGCACAAGGUGGAUCCAGAGACUCUGGAAACGAAGGAAAAGGUGGACUGGAGCAAGUUUAUUGCAGUGAAUGGGGCCACAGCUCAUCCCCACUACGAGUCUGAUGGGACAACCUACAACAUGGGCAAUUCCUACGGGAAGCACGGAUCCAGCUACAACAUCAUCAGGAUCCCCCCACAGGAGUCAGGCCACGGGGACACGUUGGAGGGAGCCAAGGUGCUGUGCUCCAUCCCUCCCAUGGACAGGGCAAAGCCAUCCUACUACCACAGCUUUGGGAUGACGGAGAACUACAUCAUUUUCAUCGAGCAGCCCCUCAGGCUGAACCUCUUGAAGAUCAUCACCUCCAAGCUCCGUGGGAAAGCCAUUUUUGAUGGGAUAAGCUGGGAGCCUCAGCACAACACCUACUUCCACGUGGUGAACAAGCACACUGGGGAGGUGCUGCCAGGGCAGUGGUGCUCCAAGCCCUUCGUGACCUUCCACCAAAUCAACGCCUUUGAGGAGCGGGGCUGCGUGGUGCUGGACCUGUGCUGCCAGGACGAGGGCACCAGCCUGGCUCUGUACACACUGCAGAACCUGAGGAGGAGCGGGGAAGGGCUGGACCAGGUUUAUGCCUCCGUUCCCAGAGCUUUCCCUCGCCGCUUUGUUCUCCCUCUGGACGUGGAUUCAGACACACCUGUGGGGAAAAACCUCAACCCACUGCCUUACACCCAGGCAAAGGCUGUGAAAGGUGCAGAUGGCAAGGUCUGGUGCACACACGAAAAUCUGCACCCUGAGGGCUUUGAGAAAGUUGGGGGCCUGGAGUUUCCCCAGAUCAAUUACACUCGCUGCAACGGCAGGAGGUACCGCUACUUCUACGGGUGUGGAUUCGGCCACUUGGUUGGAGAUUCCUUGAUCAAGGUUGACGUGGAGACCAAGAAUUUCAAGAUUUGGCAGGAGGAGGGAUCCUACCCAUCAGAGCCUGUGUUUGUGCCAGUGCCUAAUGCCACGGCAGAGGACAGCGGGGUCAUCUUGUCUGUGGUGGUCUCCCCCACUGAGAACCAAAGUGCUUUCCUGCUCGUGCUGGAUGCAGAGACCUUCCAGGAACUGGGGCGAGCAGAAGUCGAGGUGCCAAUGCCUUACGGGUUCCACGGCAUCUUCACUGCCCACUGAGGAGCUCCUGGGCACCUCCUGGGACUCGGGGCCCAGCCAGGCUCAGAAAAAACCUCUGCUGCUUUCAUCUCCCACCUUCCCAUCAGAUCUGGGAUGAAGGAACUGCUUUUUCUCCACCAUAACUUGUAUUCCUAACAAAAUACAGCCGAGGAAGGCAGAAGCCCCUUUGCUCCCACAGCCCACUGCUUUAUCUCUAUUUUUUUUUACUAUCUUGCUAGACCAGCCAUAGCAGCAGCUCACAAAGGAUGCCAGGUUGAGGCUUGCAAGGGAGAAAAUGGGAGCUGAAGUGAUCAACCCCUUCCUUUGGCAGCAGUGUGCUCUGAGGGGAAGAGAGCAUUGACGCUCAGGGCUGUGACUUUGGCUGAAACACGUAAAGCAGAAGAGAGGAAUAAAACCCAACAGGUGACAGAUGGGCCCAGUGGAGGGGAGGAAAUCCCGCCUGCAUCAAGGUUGCCUUCGCUGGACUCCAGAGGGUAGAUGCAGACACUCACAGAAGCUGUGCUUGUGCUUUUCUCUGUCCCAUAGCAGUGCCCUCAAAUAAAACCUUGGGAAGUUUUUUCCUUUCU